AUGCUUAUGAAGAAUAUCCUUACCGCUCUUGCUCUGACCGGCGUAGCCACUGCUAAUCCAACUGGAGAUCUUGAAUCGAGAGCACUCACUGGAACAUGUUCCAAACCCACCCAGGUGUAUUGCUGUACUCAAGCAUUCGACUUCAACUUACUCUUCAUUCGAAAAGUUGGGUCGGGUUGUGCCCCAGCCCCGGCUCCGGUUAGUGGAACCUACACCUGCCCUGCGGGUAAGAAUUUCCUUUGCUGCGAUGGUGGCCAGAUCCCGAGUGGCCAAAAUGUCGUUUGCACUGCCUAA